AUGGUUGAAUUAAAAAAAGAGAAAGAAAUUAAUGUAAACUGUAUUUUUACAGAUAAAAUAGAACAAUUCUGUGAAACUAUUGAAAAAUCUUAUCCUGAAAAUGUUGGUAAUUUUACUUUGGAAUUAUAUAAAGAUGACAAGGCUAAGGCUGUUUUUGAAACCAAUUACAAGGAGAAUGUUUUGACAAUAUUAAAAAUAUAUUUUGAAAUUGCAAAUGAAGAGAAACAUUUUUAUUCAUAUGAAAUGUGGAAAGAGCCUGUAGAAAGAAAAGUUCUUAUUGAAACAGCUUUAACAUUUUUAAAGAAACAAAAAUUUAAUGAAAGAUCACUUUAUGUUGGAAAGAAUGGAAGUGAAAUAUUAAAAGAAUAUGACAUUCAUAGGUUACCAUAUGGUUCAAAAAAUACUAAUAAAUAUAUGGCUGUUUGUGGUACAUCAUUUGUUAAUUUAGAAAAAUUAGAAGAUAUCAAUGAACAUUUAAUUAGUCAAAAGUAUAAAACUAUGAAAAAUAUUCUUGAAUCAAGAAAAAAAUUAAAAGAUGCUAUGAAUAAACUUAAUUAUAAACAUUUUUCACUUCUUAAUAAAGAAACAUUAAAUGAAAUUGAAAAAAAUUCUUAUUCUGAUAAAGAAUAUAAAUUAUUUGAAAAUUUUGAAAAUAAGAUAUUAAUUGGUAAUGUUAAUAAUGUUUUUGGUAAGCAUUCUAAAAUAGCAAUGGUUGGAUCAAUGGCAAAUCAUACAGCUAUUAAAGGUUCUACAUUAGAUUAUACUAUAUUAACAAGUAUAGAAGUUAAAAAAGAUAAAAAAUUUAAUAAAGAUGAAGCAUUAGAAAAAGUAUGUGAUCUUCUUAAAAAUGAAAAAACAUUAAGUGAUAUAAAAAUUGAAAAAAGUACUAAAUUUAGUUUAAUUCAUAUGAAAAGUUCUAAUAUACCUGAUAUUGACAUUACAUUAUCUGUUGACAAUUUACUUGGAGUAGAAUUCACACAAGUAUGUGAAUCAGCUCAAAAACAAUGUCAUAGUUUUGCUCUCCUUGGAAGAUUACUUCGACUAUGGUUAAAAGAACUUUCAUUAAAUACUGGGGAAACUAAAGUAUGGGGAACUUAUUUCUUUGAUCUUUUACUUCUUAGACUUCUUGAGAAGAGAAGAUUAAUUUCAUAUAAUAUAAUGAAAACAUUUGAUGCCUAUAAAACACAUAAUUAUCAACAAUUAAUUAAACGUUGUCAAAAUAUUAAUAAAUUAAUGACAAAUGAAAAAGAAACUGAUAAAUUAAUGAUAGGAUCAUAUUUUAUGAUGUUUCUUCUUGAAUAUGGAAUUCAUUUUCCACAACAUCAUGGUAUGACAUUUCCAUUUUCAACAGUACUUGAUUCACAUACUAUUGAUUUAUCUCAUGGAAAAUUAUGUUUUGUCAAAGGAGGUUUCACUGUUCUUCACUCAGCAUACAUAGGAGAUAUUAAGAAAUAUCGUUAUUUUGUUAAUGCCUUAAUUACUACCUUAUGGGAAGUUGUUGCUUAUCUAACAAAUACGGCUUAUAACAGUGUUAAAUUUAAGUAUGUUAAAGAAGAUGGUACAAAUGGAGAAGGAAAUCCAUUAGAAGAAUAUUUAAUUAUAGAUAUUGAUGAAAUGAAAGAAAAUGAAGAAGAUAACAAAAUAUUUACCUUUGAUAAUGCUAAAAAAAUUAUGAAAAAAAUAUAA